GUUCGGCGCGUCUCUCCUUAACACUGAGAUCCACGGCCUUCCCGGGACACCACAAGAAUCAAGAGUGCAAGCGGGAUGGAAAGGGCGAGCCAGCUGGCCCCAGCAGGCAGGAGCAGAGGCUUGCAGCUAGGCUGUGGGUCCGCGGGGAAGCAAGCCGAAGCCCUGGGCCCCAACAGUGGGCACUGACAGGCUCCCGCGGCACCGCCACCUGCGAGCGGAAGAACCUCGCGCACGCGCAGUGGAAACCCAGGGGGCCGCAAAGCAUCAGAAGCCCCUCCACCCGGCCCGGCUUCGCCUCCCGUCCUGGGGGCACUGCACGGCCCACUCACUCCCGCCUCGUCACCCCCGCCAGGUUUUCCCCGCCCUUUCCGGCCGGGGCUGGUCGCGAUUGCGCGCGCAGGGCCUGAGCGGGCGUCGGAGGGAAGGGGAAGCGGCGGGGUAGUAAUAGAUUAUGGGCAACAGUCCUUUUAAUUAAUGUAUCGUCAUCAUGGCUAAUGAGGGCUGUCCCAAGGCUGCUGAUAGUCCUUUUUCAUCAGAUAAACAUGCCCAGCUCAUCUUGGCCCAAAUCAAUAAGAUGAGAAAUGGACAGCAUUUCUGUGAUGUGCAGCUGCAAGUUGGAAAGGAAACUUUUAAAGCUCAUCGGCUGGUUUUGGCUGCCAGCAGUCCUUACUUUGCAGCUUUGUUCACUGGAGGAAUGAAAGAGUCCUCAAAAGAUGUUGUACCAAUUCUAGGAAUUGAAGCAGGAAUCUUUCAGAUACUUCUAGAUUUCGUUUACACAGGUAUAGUGAACAUAGGUGUGAAUAAUGUCCAGGAGUUGAUUGUUGCAGCAGACAUGCUACAGUUGACUGAAGUUGUUCAUCUUUGCUGUGAAUUUCUGAAAGGACAAAUUGAUCCACUGAACUGCAUUGGAAUCUUUCAGUUCUCUGAGCAAAUUGCCUGCCAUGAUCUCUUGGAAUUCUCAGAAAACUACAUUCAUGUCCAUUUCUUAGAGGUUCAUAGUGGAGAAGAGUUCCUGGCACUUACAAAAGAUCAGCUGAUCAAAAUUUUGCGAAGUGAAGAGCUUAGCAUUGAGGAUGAAUACCAGGUCUUCUUAGCUGCAAUGCAAUGGAUUCUGAAAGAUUUGGGAAAAAGAAGAAAACAUGUGGUAGAAGUGCUAGACCCAAUUCGAUUCCCUUUAUUACCUCCUCAGAGACUUUUAAAGUAUAUAGAAGGAGUAUCCGAUUUUAAUCUUCGUGUUGCAUUGCAAACACUUCUGAAAGAGUACUGUGAAGUAUGCAAAUCUCCCAAAGAGAACAAGUUUUGUAGUUUUCUGCAGACAUCUAAGGUUCGACCUCGGAAGAAAGCAAGAAAGUACCUGUAUGCAGUAGGUGGAUAUACUCGGUUGCAGGGGGGUCGUUGGAGUGAUAGCAGAGCCCUCAGCUGUGUGGAACGUUUUGACACCUUUAGCCAGUACUGGACCACUGUAUCUUCACUUCAUCAGGCUCGAAGUGGGCUGGGAGUAACAGUUCUAGGAGGGAUGGUCUACGCUAUUGGAGGUGAAAAGGAUUCAAUGAUUUUUGAUUGUACUGAAUGCUAUGAUCCAGUUACUAAACAGUGGACAACUGUAGCUUCGAUGAAUCAUCCUCGCUGUGGCUUAGGAGUGUGUGUGUGUUAUGGGGCUAUCUAUGCUUUGGGUGGAUGGGUUGGAGCUGAGAUAGGGAACACCAUUGAAAGAUUUGAUCCUGAUGAAAAUAAAUGGGAAGUAGUUGGUAACAUGGCUGUGUCACGCUACUACUUUGGGUGCUGUGAAAUGCAAGGUUUAAUUUAUGUAAUUGGGGGCAUCAGCAAUGAAGGAAUAGAGCUUCGUUCUUUUGAAGUCUAUGAUCCACUUUCUAAGCGUUGGUCUCCACUUCCUCCAAUGGGAACCAGGAGAGCAUAUCUUGGUGUGGCUGCACUCAAUGACUGCAUCUAUUCUAUUGGAGGAUGGAAUGAGACCCAAGAUGCUCUUCAUACUGUAGAAAAAUAUUCCUUUGAAGAGGAUCAGCUUGUCAGUUCCUGCAGAGAAGCCAAAUGGGUUUUUGACAGCGAUUGCAUUGAAUUUGAGAUCAAUUUGGAGAGUAUCAGCAACUUAACAUUAUUAAUAAGUCUUUUGAUUCACCAUAGGAUGUCUUUCCUUUUAGUUAGGUCUUCAGAUUGUUUCAACAAUGUUUUAUAAUUUUCAGUUUCGUGUACUUUUUUGGUUAAAAUUUAUUCAGAAGUAUUUUAUUCCUUUUAAUGCUGUUAUAAAUUGUUUUAUUAAUUUCAUAUUCAGAUUGUCCAUUGCUAGUGUGUAGAAAUACAAUUUAUUCUGCGACCUUGCUGCACUCAUAGUCUUAUUUUUUUUUUGGUGGAUUCCUUAGGAUUUUCUAAAUACAAGAUCCUACCAUCUGUAAAUAUUGUUGGCUGGGUGCAGUGACUUAAACCUGUAAUCCCAGCACCUUGGGAGGCCGAGGUGGGUAGAUCACUUGAGCCCAGGAGUUCAGACCAGCCUGGGCAACAUGGUGAAAACCGUGUCUCUUUAAAAAAUAUGAAAAUUAGCCAGGUGUGGUUGUGCACGCCUGUAGUCCCAGCUCCUCAGAAGGCUGAGGUGGGAGGAUCACCUGAGCCCAGGAAGGUCAAGGAUGUAGUAAGUAAUGAUUGCACCACUGCACUCCAGCCUGGGCCACAGAGUAAGACCUGGUCUUUAAAACAAAACAAAAAAAAGAUUGUUUUACUUCUUCUUAAAUCUGGAUUAAAACUAGAUGCAUUUUAUUUCAUUGUUUUCCCCUCAUUACCCUAGCUAGAACCACCAGUACAAUGUUGAAGUGGCAAAAAUGGACUUUCAUGUCUUGUUGUAAAGCAUAAGGAUUUUGAUUCUCAUUUCUGACAAGUUUUAAACUUUGGUGACAUUUUUAAAUUCCUUUCUCCAUGAUCCUAUUUGGGUUUAUCUGAUACAGAAAGUGAACUUUUUGAGGGCACUUUCUGUUGCGAAUUUUUCUAUAUGGCUUUGAAAUGAAUAGAUUUUAGUUUCAAAUUAAGUCUUAUUAAUAAUUAUUACCGGCCAGGUGCAGUGGCUUACGCCUGUAA